AAGUAGACGAGCCGGGCAUGCUUAAACACCCACUAUUUCGACCUCUUCCUCCGAAGGUAAUUUUUCUGAAGCAGGAAUUCAAUGGCAGACGAAAUUAACAGGAGUGUGAAACAAGUGUGUGUGACUGGAGCAGCGGGAUACAUCGGAUCUUGGUUAGUCAAAAAUCUGCUAGAAAGAGGCUACACCGUCAGCGCCACUCUUAGAGACCCAGGCGACGAAACAAAAUCUGGGCCUUUAUUGAAGCUGGUCGGGGCAGAAGAAAGGCUUAAGCUCUUUAAAGCUGAUUUGUGUUUAGAGGGCAGUUUUGAUUCUGUAGUGGAGGGUUGUCAUGGAGUUUUUCAUGUGGCAAGUCCCAUGGAUUUUACAAAACCUAAUCCGGAUGAUUUUAUUGUAACUGCUGUAAAUGGGGUACAUAAUCUUAUGAAAGCCUGCGUAAGAGCUGAAUCUGUUAAACGUGUAAUUUUUACUUCAUCAAUUGCAGCUUCUUCUCCAAUGAAUGACAAGGGAGAAUUCACUGAGAUAUGCCUUGAUGAAACGUGUUGGAGCCCCAUAAAUUUCCUUAAAUCUCAGACAAAUAAGGUAGCUUGGUAUAUGAUAGCUAAGACACUAGCAGAACAAGAGGCCCUUAAAUAUGGCCUUAAUAAUAACAUUGAGGUUGUGACCAUCCUACCAAGUUUGGUGAUUGGGCCUUGGUUUACAACUGCUCCUGCUGUUUCAUCUGCUCAAACAUUAUUAGCCCUGAUUGGAGGAAAUAAUGGAUAUUAUGAAGCACUCAAGUUUUCGGAAUUCAUGCUGGGAUCUAUACCAAUUGUUCAUAUAGAUGAUACGUGCAAUGCUCACAUAUUCUUGAUGGAACAUACUGAUGCUCAAAAUCGCUAUGUUUGUGCAUCUGAGUCUCUGAGUCUCAAGUGUCUCAAAGAUUUCCUUUCUAAACAUUAUGCACAAUUGAGGAACUCUAUCAAGUUGGAUGAUGAUGAGGAUGGUGCGCAUCAUAUAUAUUUGCCGGCUUCAUCAAAAAAAUUGUUGGAUAUGGGUUUCUCUUACAAGUAUCAAUUACGAGAGGCUUUUGAUGAGACAAUAGAAUGUGUCAUAAAGAAUGGACUAUUGCAGUUUUAAUCUAACAUGUAGAUUGAAGCUGCAAAUCAUAGUACUUGUUUAAUGAACUGUUGUAAAAGGAAAACAAGUUCAUUGUUGUGUUGUUGAAAUCAUUUGAAAAAGUAAAAUAUAUAUUAAUUUAGACA